AUGCGAUUUUUAAAUUGGGUUGCCCUUUCGGCAUUGCUGGCUUCUCAGACAAAAAAAGUCGUGGCCUCACCAGGAAACAGGGGCGCUAAGUCGUCACCUAUAUCGUCAUCUAUAUCGUCACCUGAAUCGUUAUCAGACGAGGAGUUCGAGAAGUUUUGUUGCGUGUACAUUGUCAAUCUUGGUAAGCCUGACCAGCGGGAGUGGCCAGUUUUAACUGGUAAGGAAGUUUGGUUCGAGCAUAAGAGGAAAAAGUAUGACGUUAUGGCGCUCGACAGAUGUAAUCUGGUUUGGGGCAGGAGAGGAGAGCCUAAGGGAGUUACUUUCGAAUUUUUGGAGACUCGGACUGCAAACAAGGACGGCACUUGCUAG